GCCAGUUUUUUUUUAUUUUUUAUUUUUUUUUUAACUACAGGAUUGUUUUUUCACAGUGUAAGGUAUAGUAUGAUAUGAUAUGGUAUGAUAUGAUAUGAUAUGAUAUGAUAUGAUAUGAUAUGAUAUGAUACAAUAUAAAAUGACAUGGCAUGGUAUAGAUGAUUGAAUAUAAUAUAAUAUAAUAUAUAAUAUAAAAGAAUAGAAUAGAAUUGAACAGAAUAAUUACAUUUAAAAUUGUAUUUUUCAAACUCUUACCCCAUUUUAAUUUUUUCCUUCAAAUUGCAGUUUUCUCUGUACUGCACUGAAUUCAGGUCAGAGCUGCCUUGUAGACUUUCACCAUCCCAGACCAUGAUUUGAAGAGAGGGCACAGAUAAUCAGAUUAGUACAUUUUGAACCAAGUGAUGGCUGAGGUGGAGCUCCUCUCCACACCACAUAAUAUUCAAAUCAGCGAGGUGACCUGUGACUCCUUUCGGAUUGCCUGGGAAAUGGCCCAUGAGGACAUGGCCCGAGUGACGCAUUACUUCAUCGACUUGAGUCGUAAAGAGGGCAGAGAGCACAAUCGCUUUAAACACAGAGAUGUCCGCACCAAGCUUGUGGCGAAGGCAGUGCCUCUGCCAAUGGCAGUGAGAGGCCACUGGUUCCUGAGCCCUCGAACUGUGUACUGUGUGGCUGUGCAGACUGCCAUAAGACAGCCUGAUGGAGACUACAUAGUGUCUGAAUGGAGCCAAGUAGAGGAGUUCUGCACUGGGGAUUAUUCCAUGGAUCAUCUAAAGCAGCUGUUGGACAAAGCUCAGACUGCCACUGGAAGACUGCUCAGGUUCUCUGUGUUCUAUCGCAAUCAGCAUCCUCAGUACUUCCAUUAUGUGAGGUCAGAGUGUGGGGGUGCUAUGCUCCCGUCUCUUAAAGACAACAGUGGAAGUCACGGCUCUCCCAUCAAUGGCAAACUGGGAGGGGUCUUCCUCAGCUGCAACACAGAAUUUGACACAGGCCUCCCUCCUAAGGACUCUCCGUACGGCCCCCUGCGCUUCCAAAUCUACGCUGAACGUCUCCUCAACCUGAGUACUAACCUUUACUUUGCUGACUUCUACUGCAUGUACACAGCUUACCAUUAUGUAGUCCUGGUGCUGGCCCCUGCUGGAUCGGAGGGGGAUAGCUUUUGCAAGACCCGCCUCCCAUUACUGGACCUAACAGCCAAUCCCUUCCUAACAUACACCCCCGGAGAUGAACCAGUGUUUUGUCAUGCCAGUGAUGUUAUACUGGAGGUGUUGUAUACAGAGCCUUUGCUUUUGGAGCAUGGCACCCUGGCACAGAUCAGCGGCCACCACCAGUUAAUGAGCCUUUCCACUGCAAAUGCCAAAAAAGACCCAAGCUGUAAGUUGUGUAAUAUCAGUGUGGGCCGUUGAACUGCAAAUGAAAGCCUGGAUGUAGUUACUGGAACUGAAACCAGACAACUGGACCAAUCUUGCUGGUGGUCGUCUGAAAAUUGAAUAUGCUGAAACAUCAGAUUCUCAUCAGAAUCAGAACAAAUAUUCACAUUAUAUAAAAAGGGGUAAUUCAUUUUAAAAUGUGUAGAAGGCAUUGCACAAAAAAAGAUAGGAAAAAAUAAGUGUGAACAAUGUCAUUUAUGAGUAAAAUUGUUAUUUGUUAGACUGAGGAAAGUCAUGGUCCUAAAAAUCUGGGUCUAGUGAUGAUUUUGUUAUGAAACCAAGCCAUAAGUCGUGCAAGUCAAAUACUAAGAUAUACUAAGAAAUGCAUGAUACAUCCAAAAAUGGUAUAGGUUUAUAAAAUAAAGGAUUUGUGUCCAUACAACCAUGUCAAGUUAACUGAACAGUUGAAGUAAAAAUAAACACUUCCAAGGUACUGUC